AAGCAUGCGUGUGCAAGCUGUCAAUUUGCAAGUUUGCUGCUAAAUGUGUCAACAACAUGCUCAACGUUGCCUGGCUGUCAUCUAAGCUGGCAACACUGCGAAAUAGUUAGAAAUCUUCCAGAAGAUCAAUUUUAUGAGAACUUUAAUAAUCCACAUUUUAACUGGAUCGUUACGACAACUUUAGGAAUGCAACAGAAUUGUCAAAGAGAGGGAACGACUAAUUUGGCAGCAAUAGGGCCAGCCACCAGUAAAUGUGUGGAGUGUCUUCUGGUGUAUGAUUUGGUAAAAUUUUUCGACGAAACCGUGAUAGGCGUACAAACAGAACGUGCGGUCUUGAUGGCUGUAGCCGAGUUUUGCAACGGUUUGGGUGGCAGUUUGAUGAUGAGUUUUUGUAACGAUGCUCUUCAAAUCCUUGAUGCAGUCUUUCAAGGUCUUCGCGAUUCAAUGGGAGGUCUGUACGAGUUGUUCGGAACGAAUCUACUUGGAUGUCCUAGGUUGCCAGAAUUUAUGUGCAACUGCCUCGGUCAAAUGUGCUCUUAG